AGGCGCGCCGGAGUAGAUGAGAUGCGGGGAGCGCAACAGGCGAGCGCACAUCUCAAGCUCACAACUACAAUGAGAGCUUCCUGAGACAUUGCGAAAACUUCAUCGGAACUAUUUGCACUUUUGUUUUGGAUUCUUCUGUAUUUUUGUAUGUGUGGUGCUAUGGCUUUCUUACAUCUAAAGAGAGAUUUGAAAUGGAGAUGCACCUCUGGGAUUUUUUCGUGGUACCUGUUGAUUCUGUGCGACUGUUACAAUCUGGAUGUGGAGCAUCCUUUAAUUUUCAAUGGACCUAGUGGAUCUUUAUUCGGAUACUCUGUUCUGCUUCACCAGCAUGCUGAGAACACAUGGCUGAUAGCAGGAGCGCCUGUGGCAAACUCCAGCUUUUAUCCUAAUAUCAAAAGUCCCGGAGCUGUCUACAACUGCAGUAUGUGGAGCUCACAAUGUGAGCAGCUGCCUGUUGGAGGUGUGCGGCAGUGUGGGAAACAUUGUUUGGCAGAGAAUGAUAACCAGUGGCUGGGUGUGAGUCUGUCCCGGCAACCCUCAAAAGGCUACGUUUUGGCCUGUGGUCAUCGGUGGAAGAACGUCUACUAUUCUAAAAAAGAUGGCCAGAACAAGCUUCCACAUGGCGUUUGCUUUAGAUUCAGCCCAGAUUUGAAACACUCCAGUCAUAUCAUCCCCUGCUAUAAAGAUCAUCAAAGGAAGUUUGGUGAAGGUUACGGGUCAUGCCAAGCUGGGAUAGCCAACCAAUUCACGGAGGACCUGAUGAUCAUGGGCGCUCCCGGCACCUCAUACUGGACCGGAUCCGUGCUUGUUUAUAACACCACGAGCGACAUUUCGGCAGCUUAUGUGGAUGAUGACAGCGAGGUUCUUUAUGGCAGUUAUUUAGGUUAUGCUGUUGGUGCUGGACACUUUCUACAUCCCCAGAGCACUGAGAUAGUUGGGGGAGCUCCUCAGCAUGAACAGACUGGUAAAGCCUACAUAUUCAGGAUCGAAGGCAACACUUUGAAAAUUGUUAAUGAAACCAAAGGCAAAAAGCUGGGCUCGUAUUAUGGAGCUAGUGUUUGUGCUAUUGACCUGAAUGCAGACGGCCUGUCCGAUCUGCUGGUAGGAGCUCCUAUGUUCAGCUCUGUGAGGGAGGAGGGACGUGUACAUGUUUACAUUAACCGGGGAGAGGCUAAUCUGAAAGAGGCGGAGUUUGAGUUAGUCGGCAGCGAUUCUUAUGCCGCUCGAUUUGGAGAAACCAUUGUUAACCUUGGAGACAUCGAUGACGACGGAUAUCCAGAUGUGGCCAUCGCAGCCCCUCAGGAGGACGAUUUGCUUGGUGCUAUAUAUAUCUACAAUGGAAGGAGAACUGGUAUAGCACAGAGUUUUUCUCAAAGAAUAACAGGCUCUCUGUUAGGCAGUGACCUCAGGAUGUUUGGUCAGUCUGUGUCUGGAGGAGUUGAUAUUGAUGGCAACAAUUACCCAGAUGUUGCUGUGGGAGCUUUUCUCUCGGACUCAGCUGUGGUGUUCAGGACACGUCCCGUGGUGAAGGUGGAUGCUGUGAUGAUACUGCCUGAAAGUGUGAAUCGCUCUGUAGCUCACUGCUUUGAGAGCGGCCAGCCUGCUGUGUGUGUCGAUAUUAAGGUGUGCUUUCGAGUCGGAGGGAAACAAAUCCCAGGAAAUAUAGAGAUCAAGUACAACCUAACCGCAGAUGUUCACCACAAAGAGGCCUUUCCAUCUCGAUUUUAUUUCCAAGGAAACGGAACGUCUAAUUUUACGUCAGGCAGAGUGAAGGUCAAACAUGAAAAGCUCACCUGCGCCUUCCACCAGGCCUUCAUGAAGAAAGACGUUCGCGAUAUCUUCACGCCCAUCAAUUUCCAGGUGAAAUAUGACCUUGGAGGGCACAGUGUGCUGCAGCAGGACCCCAGGGGCUUAUCGGCUCUCAAACCCAUUCUACAGCAGAAAGAAAUGUCAAAUGUUGUGAAAAACCAGACCAUGUUUGCCAGAUAUUGUGCCUGGGAAAACUGCUCAGUCAACCUUCAGGUGUCCGCUCAUUUGGUUUUACCACAGUCUUACAGGAACAUGCGUUAUUUUGCUCUGGGUAAUGGAAAGAGUCUCAUGUUAAAUACAACACUGAUCAACACCGGAGACGAUGCGUUUCUUCCCAAACUUCACCUGAGGUUUCCCAGCAACCUGCAUUUCAUCAAAGCGCUCGAAGAAGAUAAAUACGUGAGCUGUGAAAUCGCUGAGGAAAAUAAAGUGGCCGUCGGUUUGGACUGCAGCGUUGGAAAUUUAUAUAUCCCCCCUUUCACAAAGCUCAACAUCACUUUUCUACUGGACAUGAUGCAGAACAGCAGCGCAGGAGACCUCGGCAUCAGUAUUAAUGCGACAAGCGAGAGUUUUGAAAACCCCGAUCUUCUGCAUGACAACGUGGUCAUUCUCACAUUGCCCUUAAGAUACGCCGUUGAUGUCAAUGUACACGGGUUCGUCUCUCCAACUUCAUUUGUAAUUGGAGACCAAGAGUCUGUGCCGGUCGACUGCUAUUCUGAUAAGUUCAAUUAUACGUACAAGGUGAUGAAUAUGGGUCCAAGCAAAGCUCUCGAUGCAAAAGUUGAGAUCGCCACGCCUCUAAUGCUUCUGCCGUACAAAUACCAAUUAAUCAGGAUUGCGGAUUUACAGACAACUCUCGGUCGUUGCUUCUUAAGGAACGAUACAGUUCAGGUCAUUGGUGACUGUGACGUCCCCACGGCUUCUUUUAUAAAGGAGCUGGUCUUCUUCUUCUCACCAAAAAGCAAACGCACAAUGUUCUGUGGAUCUGAAGAUAAGACCUGUAGAGCGGUGGAGUGUCACUUUGGGGAUCUGGAGGUCGGAAAGGAGGUCACCAUCACUAUGGAGGUCGAGCUGAACCCCAGAGUCCUCCAGCUCAGUCCAGGCAGGCAUUCGGUAAUGACGAUCCAUAGCAUGAUUGACUUUAUUUCACCGGUGAGGGAUGUCAACACCAUUCUUUUAAAGGAUGAUAUUUCUGCUGGAGUAGUUUUAGAGGCUCUUUACAACCAGAAGCCUUCGUCAACUGUGAGCAUUUUUCUGAUUGUUUCCAGUCUGGUUGUCGGGCUUAUUAUUUUAGCCAUGCUUGUCAUUCUGCUCUGGAAGCUUGGAUUCUUUGAGCGGAAGAUGAAGAUGGAAAAGUUCAAACGGGACAGUUGGGACUAUGUACCCAAGCACGAGAGCAUGUCUUAAAAUGGGAUUUACAAUUGAAGGAACAAACCACGUCGGACUGCUGCUCCGUUCACACCAACAGCUGGACCUAUGAUAACCUUAAUGGCCAAAAACAUCUUGAAGCGAACUCUAAGAAGAAUCCUACAGGAGUCCAGUGCACUUUAGCUGUCGGUUACGGAGUAUUGAACAUAUUACAUGUACACACUGAAAUGCUCUGGGAAGCGGCCAGGAGAGAAAAGGACAUCAGAAUGUACUACACCACAUUAAGGCUUUGUUUCAAAACCUACUGAACUGCCUACAAGUAUGCAGGCAGCGUUUUAGAGCACAGUGUGAUGAAAAGAGAGAGCCUUUUUGUGCCGACCCCAAAAGCCUGAAAUGAAAACAAAUGUUACCAAAUAUUAAAAAUACAUUUUUUUAAAUCCAUCUAUUUUCCCCAAAUAUGCGCAUGCUAUGUUUUAGACUCCGAGUCUCCCACGCCCUUGUAUCUAGAAAUAUAUACAUUAUAUAUUGAUAUGACAUUCUGCCUAUAUGCCAGUGUUCCAGAUGGGUCACUCGUGAGGUUUGGUGUCACACAGGAUGUUGCCUAUGUAGGCACUAGACAGCAAUGCACCUCGUUUGAUUUUGGAACGGAGCCCGAGUGUUUCCUCACUGUUUUGACUACGAUCACUGAACAUAUUGGCUGUUGGCCUGCUGUAAAGGAGAAAUUGCACUGCUGUAGCUUUUCUUGCUUUAUGUUUGCAUAUUUCUGCCGAAAGACUCUCUUCAGUUAGAAUGUCUUCCACCGAGCCGACACCAAAUUUUCUGGCACUCGCCGUGUCUGCUCUGCUCGGCUCUGCUCUUUGUGAAGCAGAACAUCUCUGCGAUCGGGGUUUUCGCACCUUCGCUUCAAUGCGGUAUGGGUUCGCCGCGUAAAAGAGGAAUUGACAAAAAUUCUCUCUCUCACCUCGCUCCACCCAAACUCUCGUGGCUGAGUUCAGUACUUAGAAGUUUGCAGGGAGACGCCAGAUGGAGAAGUGAGUGUGCAGAGCGUGCUUUGGCUGGCUGCCAUGGAAACGGAGCAAAGGCGGCUGCUGUUCUGUGUCUGUACUGUGCUGCGGAAGAGUUGAUGAGAUUGACAUGUGUCUGGCUUCCAGCCAUUUAAGUGUGUGUGCGUGUGUGUCUUCAUUUGUAUGACAGAGAACCCCCAACACACACACACACACGCAAUUCUAUAUGACCCGCUCCUUACAAGGUCAUUCAUGAUGUACCUUAAUUUGAUUCAAGUUAAAAUUGUAAAUGUGCCCGAAAUAUGAAUGUAAUCUUUUGAAUCAGUGUUGGAUAGUCAGGCUUAAUUCAUCUAAAACAG